AGAUUCUGGAUCUUAUUCAUUCAUCCAAACCCUCUUUGAUUGAUGUAAUUGCCGAUUUGAAACUACAUGAAAAAGUGUUUCGGUUACUAACCGUUGUUUCCAGAACAUAAAAAAUGAAGCCGCCAUCUGUGUCUUCACGCUACCACCCAUUUGGGUUUGUGGUUUCUUUGCGAGACAUGUGAAGUGAAGAUUGUUCACUUUUCUCUCUCCUCACCCAUUGCACGCCUCCCUUCAAUUGAUUUUCGCCCAACAGGUUUUUCCUUGUUACCGAGGAUUUUCUUUCUCAUGCUUGAAACUUGCCUCUUGCUUCUUGCGUAGGAUUAGACGACUUUUCCCUCUUGUUGAUUGUUCUCGCGUCGUCGGUGGCUAUAUAUGCCGGAUUUGAUGGGUUAUGUUAAGUGUUUGAUGAAAGUUCCGUGAGAACUUUCCAUUUAACACGCGUGAUUUUUGGGUUUUCUGUAGCGCACGCAUCUGUGAGUACAUGGGUUUCUCAAAUCAAGAUUCUUGUGAUCUAGAAGAGCAGUCUCCUGGUUCUAAUUCCCUUGGCCGCCUCUCAUGUACUACUUUCAAUAUUCUUGCUCCAAUCUAUAAACGUUUGCACGACCAGAUUUGUGAGAGCGAGUUCCGUGAACUCUGGCUUAGGCGGAAUGAGAGCAUACUGGAUGGGCUGCUCAAUUUAGGUUCCUCAAUAAUAUGUUUACAGGAAUUCUGGGUGAACAAUCAAGAACUUGCCAGUAUGUAUGAGAAAAGACUUGGAGAUGCAGGUUAUGCGACUUACAAACUUGCUCGUACAAAUAACAGGGGAGAUGGCCUGCUAAUAGCAGUGAGCUGCAAUCACUUCCGAGUAAUGAACUACCAAGAAUUUCUCUUUAAUGACAUAGGUGAUCGUGUAGCUCAAAUUCUACAUGUUGAAUUACUUCAUCAUGCUUCUCAAAACCAAGCUACUGAGAAGAAGGAAGUUCUUAUAGUGAACACACACUUAAUUUUUCCUCAUGAUUCCAGCUACUGUUUUGUCCGGCUGAAACAGGUGUACAAGAUUUUACAUUACAUAGAUUCUUACUGCCAUGACUAUAAACUCCCAUCUGUUCCUGUCAUUUUAUGUGGGGAUUGGAACGGCAGUAAGAAGGGGAACGUCUAUAAGUUUUUGCAAUCACAAGGUUUUAUCUCUUCAUAUGACAUUUUUCAUCCCUACAACAAUGAUGGUGAAGAUUUUUCUAAGUGGAUUAGUCAUCGUAACCACAGAGGCAAUGUAUGUGGAGUAGAUUUUAUUUGGUUUCGCAAUCCUAGAAAACACCUCAGGCCACUUAAAGAAAGCUUCAUGGAAGCAGUUCUUGGUAACAUCAAUAACUUGUUACACAACUUGUCAACAAAAGGCAUUGGCCCUCUGGACUUCCUUGAAACAGAUGGUUGUUGCAUCACCUAUUCUCAGCUUUCCCGAGCUCUUGGAACAUUAAACCUGAGUGGCCAGUGUCAAGAUGCCCUAUCUACUGAAGACAUGAAAAAGUUAUGGGAGCACAUGGACACAAAUGGAGAUGGUGUUAUUGAUCUAUCAGACCUCACUGGGGUGUGGAAUCCUUGCGGUCCAGUCCAUCUGGAAGAAGACAAUGAAGAAAAUGGAGUGGGAACAGAAGAAUUGCUUAGCACCCACUCUACAGAAACUACAAUUGGCUUCACUGUCAACAAGGCAAUGUUCCUUCCCCAGGAGGUUGAAAAUGGGAUGUGGCCUGAAAAUUACUCUCUUUCGGACCACGCCCAGUUGACUGUGGAGUUCUCGGUGGUGCAAUUGGGCGAUUCUUGAGUUUUGUUGAUUGUUUGCAUUCCUGAUCAAUGAAUAACUAGAUUAGCAUAUAUAGCAGUUUUUCUUGAUCUUUCAAGCUCAUUCAUUGCCUUUUCUAAUGUGAAGAUAUGCUCUUUAGGAAAUGUGCCGUAUAGUGCAAGCUUGUAAAUAUGUAUUGGCUUAUACACAUACAUGGUUUUGCCAUAUAGAUGAGAAAUUAAUAUAUAUGGUUUGCCA